AUGUACAAACUCUGUUUCGUGAAGGGUCUGUUUCGUCGAAGCUUGGUCCUACCUGCCGGCAGAGUCCCGGUCUCUCUGAUUAAGGGGGUGAAUCCAGACUACUUCCCAUCACUUCGACACGAAGUCGUUGCCUUAGCCCAUCACGUAGCUGGUCAUGGGUCGGUUAAGUCCACUCUAGACGUUCUGCGUCGCUGUGUGUGGUUCCCUCGUAUGAACGCUUACGUCGAUAGGGCCUAUCGGGCCUGUUCUACCUGCUGGGAGAGCCGAAAGCACGAGCUGAUUGCUAGCAGUGCUAAUCCAAGGUCUACACCUACAGUCCGUUUGGAGAUAGUCUACUCUGACUUUGCUCAUCCUCCUACGUCAUGUGGAAAACCCACUCGUAAGGAAUUGACGAGCUUUGUCAUCUUCGUUUGCGCAGCUUCUGGAUUCACAGUCGCGGUGCCUACCUAUGGUGAGGAUGCUCUAUCUCUCUCUAUGGCAUUCAUUACCUCAUGGGUUCCCAUUUGUGGUGUACCUCGAUGCCUAUUCACGGAUGGAGGUCCCGCAUAUAGGGCACGUUCAACCAAGCUGCUGACCUCAGCUUUAGGUAUAAACCACUCCUCCUCUCUACCGGCUGACCCUCAGUCUAAUGGAUUGAGUGAGAGAACAGUGGGGCGCCUGAAGCCAUUGAUGGAGAAACUACCAGCUUCGUUGCCGUGGGAUUAUGCCCUACACCUCAGUUGUUACUAUCACAACCACUGUGGUCCGUCACCUACCCCUUCUGACUGUGCACUCGGUCUGUCUCGUGGCCCGCUCCGCUUAUUUACCGAUGAGAUCGAGGAGUAUCCCCAUGAGUCUAUCGAACAGCUAUGUCAAUCUUACCUCGAUGAGAAGCGCUACCUUCGCUUCGGAGGAGCAUGCGCUAAUGCUAAUGUUCUACAAACCUCUGGUGCUCCUGAGCUAUUAAAACCAGGUACCAAGAUUACGUCGAAGAAGAAUUUGGAGAUUCGUGAAGCCGUCGUAUGUACUCCUCCUUCUGGUUUACAACCGUCCGGUUAUGACUCUGACUCCCCUCAAUUACAUGGUUACGCUUAG